UCGUGACUUCCUUCACCUCAGGGAGGUUGAAGUUGAAGUUGAAGAGGAGGAACACUACAAGUAAGAGGUGCAACAAGAACGUACGUCAAAGGCGUCCCGAAUUUCCGUCAGCAUUGCGGCAUCAUGCACCAAAGUCUGAGCUGAAGAGUAAAGGUUUAAGACGAAUUUUUGGCCGUCGUAAGCAUGCGAGAAUGGAGGGCCAAGGAGACUCAAAUAAGAAUCAGAUACCUCAAGAAUCUCCCUCAAUACGAGUGACGGGCACUGAUGGGGUCGCUUCUGGCUCUGGUGAUUCAGCAGGUCAAGAACAGAAGUAUGUGUUGGCCCUCGACGUUGGCACCACAACACUGAGAAGCCAUGUUUAUGACAAAGCAGGGCAAGUGAAAGGAUCAUCCUGGCGACCACAAGAAAUUCAGCAGCCUGAACCAGGAUGGAGUGAAAUGGACCCGAAGAAGUUGCUAGAAGAUGUCUGUUUUGUUGUUACUGACAGCAUUAAAGCCUCUGGGCUUGAGCCUCAACAGAUAUCCUGCAUGGGUAUCUCCACCAUGAGGGGUACCUUCCUCACGUGGGACAGGGAGACGGGGGAACCAUUCCACAACCUGAUCACCUGGCAGGACCUGAGGGCCUCGGACUACGUCUCCGUGUGGAACAAGUCGUUCACGUUGCGGGCGCUCAACACCGGGGCCAGCAUUCUCCACACCCUGCUGCGCAAGAAGCGCCACCUGGCGGCCAGCGUGCUGCGGUUCAUGUCCAAGCAAGUGACCAUGCGGCUGCUGUGGGUCUUGGAUAAUGUUCCAAACAUUCGAAAAAGAAUAGCAGAAGGCAAUGUGAUGUUUGGCUGCACAGACACAUGGUUGCUAUGGAAACUGACCGGAGGCUCCUGUCACGCUACCGACUACUCGUGUGCCAGCGCUACAGGGUUGUUUGAUCCAUUCCAAAUGGAGUGGAGCACCAUCGUGUGUGGCUUGGUGAACAUUCCCAUGUGUAUCUUUCCAGAGAUCAGAGACACAAGUGGAGACUUUGGGGUGACGGACCGGGACGUGAUUGGCUUUGAAAUUCCCAUCACAGCUGUGGUCGCAGAUCAGCAAGGCUCAAUGUUCGGCCAUUGUUGCUUCGACGUUGGCGACGUGAAAUGUACGCUGGGUACCGGAACCUUCAUCGACCUAAAUACGGGCAGCAAGCCGCACGCCUCUGUUGCUGGUCUUUAUCCUAUUGUGGGCUGGAAGAUUGGCAAGGAGGUGGUGUACCUGGCCGAAGGUGUGUCCGCCGACACGGGGAACGUGAUGACGUGGGCCGAGUCGAUGGGUUUAUUUGAGGACGUGUCUGAGACUUCAGAGAUGGCCGAAUCUGUACCUGAUUCUGGUGGGGUGUAUUUUGUGUCGGCCUUCAGCGGUCUGCAAGCUCCCUUCAACGAUGACCUUGCCGUGACCUCCAUGUUCGGCAUGACCCCCAACACCACCAAGGCUCACAUAGUGCGGGCCAUCCUGGAGUGCGUAGCAUUCCGGUUCAAAGCUCUGUACGAGACAGCCCUCACGGAGACCAAACUGCCUUUGUCUCAAGUCAGAGUGGACGGAGGUGUGGCCGGUAACGACUUUGUGGUGCAGCUGAUGAGUGACUUGGUGAACCAGACGAUUGACCGCAGCGACACCGCCGAUAUGUCUGCUCUGGGCGCGGCUUAUUUGGCCGGUCUGGCCUCAGGUGUAUGGUCCAGCAAAGAGGAAGUGGAAUCUUUGAGAAAACACAACAGACAGUUUGAGCCGCGACACACCUGGCCCAGCUACAAGAAGCUCUACUUCAAGUGGGAGGACGCCAUCCUCCGGUCCAAGAAGUGGUACCCGGGCCUGUGAGCACUUGUUACCGCCGACGACGACACCGCCCCAACCCCGCCACACCCCUCCACCACACCCCCACUAACGAAGAAGUGGAUCAACAAACCCGAUCGGGCUUUCAUGAACUCUUACAAGUCGUAAACAAAUUCCCAGCUUUGCCGCAGCAAAUUUAGUUAGAAAUAUAAUGUGGGUAUAUUACGUUGGCAUUUACUGCGUUAAAGAAAAUGUUUCAAGCUACAAGCACUUAUUAGUAGCCAUUAGAAUCUUGAGACAAGAAUGAAGAUUUGAUGGCGCUCAUAUGGCCUUAUGCUGUUGCGAGCGCCGUAAGACCCUCUACUUUUUUUUUUUUCUUUUUUUUUUAAGGAAGAUUUGCUAUAAUGUGAGAAUCCAGUUUCAGUACAAUACAGACAAUCUGUGACAAGUGGGGAGAACAAGAAAUAAUGUGGCAUCUAACCAGUAGAUGUACUACUGACUUCUGAGGGUUACAGUAUUACAGUAUAACACGGAUAGGUCGAACACACAAGACUCGAAAUCACGCAUCCGUCAAACUGUGCCUGCUGUCAUGAGUUGGGUUUUUUUCUUCUUUAUCUUUGUAAGCUAUCCUCUCAAACUACGGAUCCCUCAAACUACCAAGGCCAGUCCUGAUGAAUUCAAGGAGCUAUCCGUUUUAUAAUGUAUUUUGUUGCAAGUCGAGAAACCUGAUGUUGCACAUUAAGGAAAUGAAAUAGAGUUGUAAAUUGCUGUGAGCUAGAAAUGGUCAGUAGGGCUGGAUCCUGCUCGUCAAAUUUGAGAGUGACGAUUCGCGAUUCAGUCGGCUUCAAUGAA